AUGCGCCAGCAAAUCCUGCAACAACAGGUGCGAGCAUAUGCAGGAAACAGCCGUCCGAGGUUGAACGACGACGCCGAUAACACAGACAACCAUAUCGAUAAAGACAGGGGAGAAGAGAAGACAACUACCGAAGAACCCGACGAUCAAGAUGACGACGCUGUUGAUAAUCGCGGCAGUGACGCAGACACGGCGCCUGCCGACACGACAACUGAUGACGUCAGCGAUGAAGACACCGACGACGUCGCGACUGAGAUAGACCGGCUGAAGGACGAUGCCGAGCUGGACGAGUUUCUCGAUGAAGGGGACCAGGAUGAGGAUAUCCAACCCAAAAAAAGUCGCCACCAAGAGUCGUCAGCUAACAAGGACCUUGCAGGAUUCGAACCGACGGCCAUCAGCUCCGCACACAACACCAGUCUGGCGCUGCGUGACUACGCCGUCUGCCAACAGUCGCCCAACAUCGACGACCUCUCCCAGUACCUGCGCACCUGUCCGAACUGUCUGGUCCGCUGGGACAGGUACCAAUGUCCACUUCAUGACCAGGUGCUGGAACUGAAGAAAUGGAUGACGGAGCUACAGGACCUGCUCAGCUACGGCUGUCGUAUGGAUGAGAACUGUGUGAACACGGACAAAUGCUGUCACAGCCGAGACCCGGCUCUGGGGCGUGCGGUGGAGGAGAUGACAGAGUUGGCGAAGGAGAUGUACGACAUUUUCCUCGAGUCCUGCUCCUCCUGCCCUAGAGACGGCGGGUGGAGUGAAUGGUGUGAAUGGGGGUCCUGCUCCGUCUCAUGUGGCGAGGGGACCCGCACCCGCAGACGACAGUGCGACAGCCCCACCCCGAAGGCCAACGGUCGCCCCUGCCAGGGUCUGGCCAUGGACUCCAUCCCGUGCUCUGGACCUGCUUGCUGCACUGAUGGCAAUUGGUCACCAUGGUCACCGUUCGGAUCUUGCCAGGGCACGUGCGGUCAGGGUCUGCAGGAGCGCGCACGCACGUGUAGCAACCCUUCGCCCAACCACUGCGGUCGCACGUGCCCCGGGCCCUCCGCUGACGUCAGACCCUGCGAGACUGGCCGUGACUGCUGCGUCGAUGGUAACUGGGCCGCGUGGUCGUCGUGGAGUUCCUGUCCGGUCACGUGCGGGCGAGGGUCGGUUGACCGGUACCGCACGUGCAGCAACCCCGCCCCCAACUACUGCGGACAGACUUGUCCGGGGCUAGCACGUGAGGCCAGGUCGUGUGAGGUUGGCGACUGCUGCGUCGACGGUAAUUGGGCCGACUGGUCGUCGUGGAGUUCCUGUCCGGUCACGUGCGGUCGAGGGACGGUUGACCGGUACCGCACGUGCAACAACCCCUCCCCCAACUACUGUGGACAGACGUGUCCUGGACCCUCCCGGGACAUGAGGGCGUGCGAGGUUGGCGACUGCUGCGUGGACGGAGAAUGGGGCUCAUGGCUAUCGUGGAGCGCAUGCAGCGCCACCUGCGGAAGUGGCAGUCAGUCGCGCAUGCGCAGAUGCGACAGUCCAUCACCAAACUUCUGUGGGCGGCGGUGUCCAGGCCCUGCUUCCGAGAUGAAGACCUGCGUUUCUGAAAGAGAUUGUUGUGUGGAUGGCAACUGGGGUCAGUGGGACCCCUGGAGUCCCUGCUCUGCGUCGUGUGGGCUGGCGGUACGAGAGCGCGAACGCAGGUGUAACAACCCAGCUCCCAACUACUGCGGCCAGUCCUGCCCGGGCUUCGAUGUUCAAGAGGAAACCUUGGACGGUAACUGGGCCGACUGGUCGUCGUGGAGUUCCUGUCCGGUCACGUGCGGGCGAGGGACGGUUGAUCGGUACCGCACGUGCAGCAACCCCGCCCCCAACUACUGUGGACAGACCUGUCCUGGACCCUCCCGGGACAUGAGGGCGUGCGAGCUCGAAAGAGUCGUCGACGGGCAAUGGGGCGAGUGGUGGCGCUGGAGCUCCUGCUCAGCAACCUGCGAAAGGGGGACACGCGAGCGGACCCGCUCCUGCGACAGUCCUUCGCCCAACGUUUGUGGACGCACGUGCCCGGGGCCAAAGGUCGAGCGUGACACUUGUGACACAGGCAUUCCGUGUGCACCUGUGUGCGUGGACGGAAACUGGGGUCAGUGGGAGCGAUGGGGAGGGUGUUCGGUCACCUGUGGCCAAGGCAUCCGAGAUCGCAGACGGCAGUGUGACAGUCCUGCUCCUAACUUCUGUGGACAGUCAUGUCCAGGCUCUGGUGUGGACCGUGGCACUUGUGACACCAGGGUGCCAUGCCCACCCGACUGCGUGAACGGCAACUGGGGAUUGUGGGGAACGUGGAGCGCGUGUCCCGUUACCUGCGGACAGGCUCAGCGAGAGAGGAGGAGGCAGUGUGACUCCCCCUCUCCCAAUUUCUGUGGUGAGACGUGUCCUGGACUACCUGUCGAGAGAAUCCAGUUUCGCUGCGGCCCAGACGAAGUGGCUGGAAACUGGGAAAGUUGGCAAGCGUGGGGCGCAUGCUCUGUGACCUGUGGGCGGGGUCAACAGCUUCGUCGACGUGUCUGUGACGUUGCUGAACUCAACGAGUGCAUGCGGCCAUGUCCAGGCUCCGAGAUGGAGAGGAGGGAAUGUGGCCGCGACUGCUGUGUGGACGGAAACUGGGGUCAGUGGGAGCGAUGGGGAGGGUGUUCGGCGACCUGUGGCCAAGGCAGCCGAGAUCGCAGACGGCAGUGUGACAGUCCUGCACCUAACUUCUGUGGACAGUCAUGUCCAGGCUCUGGUGUGGACCGUGACACUUGUGACACCAGGGUGCCAUGCCCACCUGAGUGCGUGAACGGCAACUGGGGAUUGUGGGGAACGUGGAGCGCGUGUCCCGUUACCUGCGGACAGGCUCAGCGAGAGAGGAGGAGGCAGUGUGACUCCCCGUCUCCCAAUUUCUGUGGUGAGACGUGUCCUGGACUACCCGUCGAGAGAAUCCAGUUUCGCUGCGGCCCAGACGAAGUGGCUGGAAACUGGGAAAGUUGGCAAGCGUGGGGCGCAUGCUCUGUGACCUGUGGGCGGGGUCAACAGCUUCGUCGACGUGUCUGUGACGUUGCUGAACUCAACGAGUGCGUGCGGCCAUGUCCAGGCUCCGAGAUGGAGAGGAGGGAAUGUGGCCGCGACUGCUGUGUGGACGGAAACUGGGGUCAGUGGGAGCGAUGGGGAGGGUGUUCAGUGACCUGUGGCCAAGGCAGCCGAGAGCGCAGACGGCAGUGUGACAGUCCUGCACCUAACUUCUGUGGACAGUCAUGUCCAGGCUCUGGUGUGGACCGUGACACUUGUGACACCAGGGUGCCAUGCCAACCCUACUGCGUGGACGGAAACUGGGGGCUAUGGGAGUCUUGGGGCGCAUGUCCCGUGACCUGUGGACUAAGUCAGCGAGAGAGAAGAAGGGUGUGUGACUCUCCUCCACCUAAUGUCUGCGGCAAGACUUGCCCUGGACCUUCAUUCGAAAGAGCAUCACACUCAUGUGGCCCGAUGGAAGUGGACGGAAACUGGGGGUCUUGGAGUACUUGGAGCCCAUGUCCAGUGACCUGUGGACAGGGUCAGCGAGAGAGGAGAAGGCUUUGUGACUCUCCCUCCCCUAAUGUUUGUGGUCGGACUUGCCCUGGUCCCUCCUUAGAAAGAACCGUACAACUGUGUGGCCCAGAACAAGUUGACGGCCAGUGGGGCAUGUGGGGGUCCUGGAGCGCGUGCCCUGUCACGUGUGGGAUGGGGCAGGUGGAGAGAAGGAGGUUUUGUGACGCCCCUGCCCCUAACGCUUGCGGACGGUCAUGUCCAGGACCUGCCAUCGAGCAAAACCGGAAGCAAUGCGGUCCCGAAGCGAUUGACGGCAACUGGGGAUCAUGGGAACAAUGGGGCGCGUGCUCGGCGACGUGUGGGUUCGGACGGCAAAAUCGUCGACGUCGUUGUGACAGUCCCUCGGCCAGCGAGUGCGGGCGGCCGUGUCGAGGCUCUGAUGUGGACAUCCAGGAAUGUAACCUACGGCCAUGCUGUGCUGAGCGCCAGUGGUCGACGUGGACGCAAUGGUCUGCCUGCAGCGCCACCUGCGGACCAGGUACGCGCACCCGACAACGCACCUGCCAGUCCGUGGGGUUCGGCGAGGAUUGCGAACCACUUGCCCGGGUUCGCCGAUCGAGACAGUUGGGUGCCAGAGUCAGCGGGAAUGCGAACCACCCUGGGGACCGUGGACACCUUGCUCAGCCACGUGCGAAGGUCAAGGAGUUCGCGAGAGGAGACGUCAGUACGGAGGGGUGCCGGGGGUUCUGGAGGGCAGCAGCGUGGAGACAGAGCCUUGCCGAGUCUUCUCACCUCCCUGUCCCCGAUAUACUAACUGGGAGCCGUGGUGCCCCUGUGACUGCAGGAAGGGCAUCAGCUCACGCAGACGCACCUGCGUCGAUUCCAGUGGAAACAAAGUGGAUAUCCAGAACUGCGGCUCCGCCCAGUCACGUGAGGAGAGGAAAUGUGACGUGCGCGAGGUGUGUCCAGUCUGUGUGUUUAACUGCACCAACCGACUAGACGGCAACUACACGUCCUGCAGCAGCUGUCAGGACUACGUCCAGUGCAGGAGCGGACAGCUAUCCCUCUUCUCGUGUACGGCAGAUCGUGGAGAACGCCAUGAGUGGGAUGCCUUUAUCGGGAAGUGUCGUCCGGGGGAUUCCCCCUCCUGCUCCUUGCAACCAUGCGUGUCCUCCUGUGUCGAGCGUGAGGA